UAUGUGGUAGAGAGGAGGGUGUUUGGGUCUUAUCAUUGCGUAAGUUGGACUGUGUCCAGUGCACUGUCCUGAACAUGACAUUUUUUAAUGACAUUACAGCCCAUUGACGGUAACUACAAUAAUGAAACCUGAACUCUGAAACCUUUGUUGUAGUUGUGCGUCAGCCGCAGUAACAGUGACAGAGGAGUCACUGCGCUGCGCGCCCCGCGGGGGUGCAUAGCUUCAGUCUAUGAUUGCUACGGGCAAAGACGAAGACAGAGAAGACAAGACUGCAGAGAAACCUCUUUAAAAGCUGUACCCAGUGAGGAUAUCUCCGACGGAGAUGACUGACAUACUGCGGCUGAUGUCAGAAGUGGACAGGCGGAUCUUCCAAACUCUCUCCCAGCUCUCUGAAAACGGUCUGACACAAAGUUUUAUUUAAAGCAGUGACUCUGUGACUCUGUGUUCGUCACAGAGUCACUGUUUUAUUUAAAGCAGUGACUCUGUGACGAACUCUUCAUACAGCUGCUGGUUGUUUAUAUUCUGUGCAUACACUGCUGAUGAAAUGCUCAUGUGUCUCCAUGUCGCCGUUUUUUUCAGAUUGAACUGUAUUUGGGCUGAUGUGUCCGCCUAUAUUGAACGUCAGAUGACCUUGCAGAAGGGGGUCCACCUGGCAGGACUGGGGACCUUCAGCUUCUCUCAGCAGAAGCUGGACAUAGGAAACAAGUUCACAGUGAUCCAAAGACCCAUCUUCCUCCUGGCUGGGAAACUAGUCCAGUCUCUGGGUUUAAAGCAGGUCAAGCCCCUGGCUGCAGCAACACACCUACCAGUGGUGCAACUGAACUUUGCAGCUGUGUCACAAGAGACUCCUUUCAGUCGAGAUGUAGUGGAGGGCUGCAUCAGAGAAACUCUUCUUUUCCUCUUCAGAGCUUUGGCCUCUGAACAAAACGUGUUCCUCACCUUCCAGGGAAUUGGAGUUUUGUCCUUUAAGAACAACAAGGUGCGGAUGAAGUUCAACAGAGAUUUUAUUAAUGCCAUGGAUGGAACUGGUCGUCUGCUGUUGACCUUUAACAAUAGACCUGGGAGCAGUGUCUCUUUACUCUCUGGUGGCCUGUCCAGGCUUCAGAGGCCACGGACUGCCGUCACCCUGCCAACUGUCUGCUCUCCUCAGCCAGACAACAAAGCCGGUGACAAAGAUCUAUGGUGCUUGUCACCAACUCCAGACCAGAGGAAUGCAGGAGGAAUUCCCCAACAUAGAGAAUCUAAAUCCCAUCAGCCACUGCAGCCGGCCAAGAUGAAAGCUGUCAGCCUGUCUGAAGAACUAAAUCCGAACCCCCCCACGGAGGCCACAGACAAGCCAACCACCUCCAUCACACCACCAGAGGCCACUCCCAAACUGGUCGAACCUCAUGUGAACGUCAGCUGCUCUGGUCACACCCGUGCUGGACAGGAGCUGUGCUACCUGUGUAUGCAGCGGGCCCAAAGAAACGUUCCAGUCUACCUGAGGGAGCAGCAGCAGGCAGAGGAGAAAGCUCAGGAGAAACUCUUACUGCUUAAAGAGCAACUGAGAGACAAGCAGUACAUGGACAAAGAACAGGAGAAGCUGAAUGAGCAGCGUGAGCAUGCAAAGCAAGUUGCUACCUACAACCUGCACAUGUCAGAGAAGAAAGAGAAGACUCACUGCCCUCUCUUUCCUACUUCAUUCGUCUUCCCGGCUCGGCCCCUCACUCCUGCCAGAAGGAUCCAGCAGCAUCGUUACAUGGACGAGCUUCAGAGACAGAUAGAGACUCGGCGGCGACAUGAGGCUCAAGACCAGCAGAACCGUGUACUCAUGGAGCGUCUAGACCAAGUCCAGCUGGUCCAGGAGAUAGCUUUGCAGAGAGCUCAGCAGCUCCGGCAGAAACAUGAGAAAACUACAAAUUACAAAAAGGCUCUGGACACGCAGGUGGGAGAUAAGAAGUGUACACACCCACCAGAGUGCCAGGCUGACAACUGCGGGUUCAACCGCUGUGAGACAGCAGCCAGCAAUGUAGAGAGACGAGAGAGGGCACAGAAGCUCUUCCAGUUAAAUUUCAGCGCUGCCACUCAGAGAAAGAAGGAAGAACUGCAAAACCGGCAACAACAGCUGGAGAAAGAGAGAGAAAUUCUCAAACACAACAAAAUGGAGCUGAUACUGGACCGCAUUAAUCGCUUUGAGAAGAGGCGGGACAUCAGUAAGUCGCUAGAGGAUGAGUGGUGUCGCAGUGCGAAGCUCAAGCACCAACAAGAGGAAGAGGAGAGACGCUUCCUGAGGUCUGCUGGUCAGCUCCUGGUAGAUAAGCUUGCACAGUACAAGCGCUGCUGCCAGUGUCAGAGGAGGACCACCAACUGUGGAGAGACCAACAUCUGGAAAGAGUCUCAUUACCUCUCUGGCUCACAGUUCAUGAUCUGACGAACAGUGUAGCCUGCAGCAGCACUUAAACAACAAUACCUCACAGCCUAAACAAGACCUCAACCCUUACAACUCAUUAUGUGACGGUCACUAAAGAUUAUGAUGAGUCAAGGAUAUGUGAAGCGACUGAUACUUGUGUGUUUUGUUGUUCAGCAUGCACGCUCCUCUGUUUUCAUGUGAGAUUUAGUAUUGCUCCGUUCUUAAAUCAGUCUUCAGAGUUUGUUGUACUUUUAUUUUUCCUAGAAUAUAGUUGUGUUUGGUAAUUAUAUGUCACAAGACUACGUUACAAUAUUAACCCAUAACAUAUUCAGUCAAUAAAAUCAUUGUGAAUUUCUCUCACUUUAUCAGCCGUCUUACACAGUCACAUACACACACAGGUGUUUCUUGAUGAUGAAACACAAAUACACAAGGCUGCACAGUUUGUCCAAAGGCUCGUGUUGAGAUUAUGAAUCACUUUGCUGAUUAAAAUGGUUUUGGUCAGUUCAAAGUAGCUAUUUUUACUUUUUUCUCAGGCUUAGCAAAUACAUCACAGAUGAAGAAAACAUGUUGCUAAAGGCUCUUGGCUGCGGCUUUAAGUUCAGAUUUGUGUAGCUAACAUUAGCAAGAGCCUGGAAUCACAGUGUUUCCUCCGCCUCACUCCCCACCGCUACAGAACUAUUCACCAGGAGAUGAACAGGCAGCAGCUCAGCAGACAGCUGAGGGGUUUGCGCUGGCCGAAUUUGAAGGUCUCUCUGCAGAGCUGCUGCCUGCUCUCCUCCUGGGAAAGUAGUCCACAGCAGCAGGAGGUGGAGAGACAGUGAGGUGGCUAACGUUAGCAAAUUCUUGUGUCAUUUAUGAUUUGAUAAAGAGAGAGAGCAGGGCAAGCAGCUGAGUUGAACCGAGUGCAACUGUACAAUGAAAUAAAAUUUAAUAAAUCAAUGUAUGGGAACCACUGGGUUACUAUAUGA